AUGAGAAUCAGACUCUCCUUGAUGUCAUCAUUGACGUGCCCUCAUUGCCUUAAACAGAGCAACACCUUUGACCCUUUCCUGUGUAUUUCACUUCCAAUCCCACUGCGACAGACUAGGGCCCUGAAUGUGAUUCUGGUGUUCAACACUGAAGGUCAGCGGUUUCUGAGAGUAGGGUUGGCUGUGCCUCUGUUUGGGUCUGUCUCAACACUCAGGGCCGUGGUAGCAGAGGAGGGCAAGAUCUCUCCAGACCAGGUGAUUUUGACAGAGAUGAACUCAAAUGGGUUCCAGCGCUCUUUCUCUGAUGAAGAUGAUAUGACGAGUAUCUCAGAGAGUGAUGUCAUCUAUGCCUUCCAGGCUCCACCCCUCUUCACCAGAGGAGGCUCCAUGCGAUUCUCAG